AUGUCACUUUCAGAUAAAGAGUUGUACGAAUUGAAUAAAAAAGCCGUCACUGAGGGUUUCAAAAUUAAGCCUAGGAUUAACUACAACACAGUUGGCGGUGUUAAUGGUCCGUUAGUCAUUGUUGACAAUGUCAAGUUCCCACGUUUUAACGAAAUUGUCAAUUUGACAUUACCUGAUGGAUCAGUUAGACAAGGUCAAGUUUUGGAAAUUAGAGGUUCUAAAGCCAUUGUUCAAGUUUUUGAAGGUACUUCAGGAAUCGAUGUGAAAAAGACUAGAGUUGAAUUUACCGGUGAAAACUUGAAAAUCCCCGUUAGUGAAGAUAUGUUGGGUAGAAUCUUUGAUGGAUCGGGUAGACCUAUAGAUAAAGGUCCCAAAAUUUUUGCCGAAGAGUAUUUGGAUAUUAAUGGAUCACCAAUUAAUCCAUAUGCUCGUAUUUACCCUGAAGAAAUGAUUAGUACUGGUAUUUCUGCUAUCGACACGAUGAAUUCCAUUGCCAGAGGACAAAAGAUUCCCAUCUUUUCAGCCUCGGGUUUACCACAUAAUGAAAUUGCUGCCCAAAUUUGUAGACAAGCAGGUUUGGUUCGUCCAACUAAAGAUGUCCAUGAUGGUCACGAAGAAAACUUCUCCAUUGUGUUUGCAGCAAUGGGUGUCAAUUUGGAAACCUCGAGAUUUUUCAAACAAGAUUUCGAAGAAAAUGGAUCAUUAGAGAGAACAUCAUUGUUUUUGAACUUGGCCAAUGAUCCUACAAUUGAAAGAAUCAUUACUCCAAGAUUGGCAUUGACUACUGCUGAAUAUUUGGCUUAUCAAACUGAAAGACACGUGUUGACCAUUUUGACCGAUAUGUCAUCUUAUGCUGAUGCUUUGAGAGAAGUGUCUGCUGCUAGAGAAGAAGUGCCUGGUAGAAGAGGUUACCCUGGUUAUAUGUAUACCGAUUUGUCAACCAUUUACGAAAGAGCUGGUAGAGUUGAAGGGAGAAACGGAUCCAUCACCCAAGUUCCUAUUUUGACAAUGCCUAACGAUGAUAUCACCCAUCCAAUUCCAGAUUUGACUGGUUAUAUUACUGAAGGUCAAAUUUUCGUUGAUAGACAAUUACACAAUAGAGCUAUUUACCCACCAAUCAAUGUGUUGCCAUCAUUGUCACGUUUGAUGAAAUCCGCCAUUGGUGAAGGAAGAACUAGAAAAGAUCAUGGUGAUGUCUCCAACCAAUUGUAUGCCAAGUAUGCCAUUGGUAAGGAUGCCGCUGCUAUGAAGGCUGUUGUCGGUGAAGAAGCAUUGUCAACUGAAGAUAAAUUGUCGUUGGAGUUUUUGGAAAAGUUUGAAAAGAAUUUCAUCAACCAGGGUGCUUAUGAAAAUAGAACAAUUAUUGAAUCUUUAGACCUUGCUUGGUCGUUAUUGAGAAUCUAUCCUAGAGAGUUGUUGAACAGAAUCAGUCCAAAGAUUUUGGACGAGUAUUACGGUAGAGAUAGAGGCGAUGAUGAUGAUGAUGAUGAUGAAGAUGAAGAUGAAGAUAAAGACGAUGACGAUGACGACAAUAAGAAAAGAGAUACUUUGAUUGAUGCUUGA